CUUCAGAACUAUGACAGAGGGAAACAUUCAAAUGCAACCCAAUAAUCUUUCUUGUCAUCCACGGCACUACUACUGCCCGUGGCAAUAUGACGAAUUUCCUUUUUCUUACAACCCGCCAUCUCGAGAACCAGGCAUUGCCAACUUGCUUUGGUGCUGUUUCUGCAAAGAAAGUGCUUCAGAGCCAUCUUUAGCUGUACCUGAUGCUGCAGGUUCUACAGUAUCCUGAAAUGCGAUGAAUAUUACCAGGAAAAAGGGACAUAAUCAACGCCUGAUGUGGAUUCUUCGUACUACUAAGGUCCUUGGUAAACUAAAUAAUUCCUGAUGGAAAUCCCUUUUCAGUAGAAGGCAGAGCUAACAACAGUAUGUUCCUAAAUCAUAGGUCAUUCUAAUGUAAAUGAAGCUCAUUUAGCAUUACAACUACUCUUUAUUGACUAAUACAUAAUAAAUUAGUAAAGCGACACCUCCUUCAGUCUCUGGCUCCGGCGGCAGCAUCAUCUCCAGCACCGUCAUCGGAGUCGACAGGGUAUAUUUUAGAGUCUGGUGAAGGACCAAAACGGUCCUUCAGCCAGAGGUAAAUAAAGAGAAGAAAGAAACCCAUUACAAUGGUUCCGUAAAAAAGAGGGAAGAAGGGAGGUACUGAUGAUUCUUCAUCGUUUGAAGAAGAAUUAUCAGCAUAAUUGUCGAUUGGGUAGAAAGACAUUUUUUUUGUUUUGUUUUUUGUUUACGGUGGUAUUUGAGUAUAUGGAUAACGAGAAACAGCAACCAUUUAUAGGCGCCGGAGAUUGGGAAGAGAAGAGGGAGAAGAGGAGGAGUAGGAAGAAAGAAACAGGAAACUCUGUUUUCCAUGGAGGAAAAUCAGAGUUGUCUCUGUUCCCAGUCGAGAAGAAGAUGAAGGAGAGAAGCAAGAAGAAGAGUGAGGGGAAAGCAGGGAAAUCGUUUUGGAGGCUGAGAAAGAUGAUUCUGUGAGCAUCCCCAGAGGAGAAGGAGGAGAAGAAGAGACGACUGGUGCACCCAAAAUCCGUUAGAAAGAAGCUCAACCCCAUGACCUAAAUAUAUCCAGUGGAGCACGUUAAUGACCUGAAUUGAGACCUGAGAGCGACGGAGGACAGUUUGGGGGGAUGAUGUGAGCUGCCAGCGGCGACGGCGACGGGGAGAUUUGGGCGGCGGCCGGGAGGGAGAUCGGUGGAGAGGAAAAGGGGGAGAAAAUACAGGAAGAGAAAUAAAAACAUUCGCGCGAAGCUUGGAAUGUUUUAAAAUCUUUCCAAAUUAAGCCUUCUGUAUGCUGCUGGAAAAAAUGACAGUUGUAAAACAUACUGAGAAUUUGUCAAAUUUUUUAGUGUUCUUCAGAAGCAUUUAAAAAAGGGUAAAUACAAUUUAAUAUUCAAA